AUGGGGGGAGGCGCGGGGGGCGGCGGUGGCCGAGUAGGAGGAGGAGAAAAGAAGGAGGAGAAAAGACCGGAGGAGGAAGGACAGGCUGCAGAGAAGAGGAGGAGGCUAGGGGAGGAAGAAGCGGCUUUGCUCCCGCGCCCGCUGCCGCACCACCCUCUCACCGCCCUCCCGCCGCCCGCGGGCGCAGUGCUCAGCCCCACUCGGCCGCGGUCCUGAGCAUCCGCUUCCGCCGCCUCCUCACGCCCCCGCGUCCCUGGUGUCUCGCAGCUAGAGGCAGCGCGGACUCGUCGCAUCUCGCACGAAAACAAUUUCAAUAUGUCAUCAGUCAAGCGCUUGGUUUAUGCAGUCAUCCAUUUCUUGAGAGAACAGAGUCAGAUGGAUACUUUCACUCCAGAUGAACAAGAAAGCUUGGAAGUUGCAAUUCAGUGUCUGGAGACUGUGUUUAAGAUUACCCUGGAAGAUUCUCAUCUUGCAUCCUCACAGCAUUUGAUAGAAAUGUUCACAAAUUCUAUUCAAAAGAAUGACAUGCUGCCUCUCUCAUGUUCUUUACCAGAAGGCGUUGUAAAGGCUGACCAGCUGAAGGAUGAAGGUAAUAAUCAUAUGAAGGAAGAAAAUUAUGGUGCUGCAGUGGAUUGUUACACUAGGGCUAUAGAACUGGAUCCAAACAAUGCAGUCUAUUACUGCAACAGGGCUGCUGCUCAAAGUAAGCUCAACAACUUCAGGGAAGCAAUAAAGGACUGUGAGAGUGCCAUAGCAAUAGAUCCAAAGUACAGCAAAGCAUAUGGAAGAAUGGGGUUGGCUCUGACCUCAGUGAAUAAAUAUGAAGAAGCAGUUACCAGUUAUCAAAAAGCACUGGAUCUUGAUCCAGAGAAUGACUCUUACAAGUCAAAUUUGAAAAUAGCAGAACAGAAACUAAGAGAUGUGUCCAGUCCUACUGGAACUGGACUGAGUUUUGACAUGGCAAGCUUGAUAAACAAUCCUGCCUUCAUUAGUAUGGCAGCAAGCUUAAUGCAAAAUCCUCAAAUUCAACAACUGAUGUCAGGGAUGAUGUCAAAUGCCAUUGGUGGCCCUGCUGCUGGGGUUGGUGGCCUUUCGGAUUUAUCCAGCCUGAUCCACGCGGGGCAGCAGUUCGCACAGCAGAUACAGCAGCAGAAUCCUGAGCUCAUAGAGCAACUGAGAAAUCAUAUCCGGAGCCGAUAUUUGAGUGGCAGCACUGAAGAACAUUCCUGACUUCAGUGAGUCGUAUGAAUUGGAAUGAUGUAUAACCCCAAAGUGCAUACCAUAGUUAGUAGCAAAAGCACCAUUGUAACUCUUCUGCUUGAAUAGAAGACAGAAAAUUCUUUGUGUGUGUUUGCAAACAAGAAUAAAUCUGGUAAACAGAUCUCUUGCACAUAACUUGGAACAUAGCGUUUAUGUAUAGUUACUCCUCUGAAAAUCAACACACUGAAUAGGUGGUUUAUCAAAAUCCCCAAAUCCAAGUAAUUUCAGUAUGUGCAUCAGAUUGACCUCCAGGGCUACUGAGUGGGGAGGAGUUUUGUAGUGUGCUGAUCUUGCCUAACUACUUCUAAAAUGAUAGUGUAAAAGAUGUAUUAUUCAUAUGGUGAGAAUCAUGGCGGUUGUAUCAUUUAAACAGUAUUGAAAUACUGAAAUAUUGAAACAAUAGGCCCAUCUGGUGUGCCCUUUUAUAAUGGGCAUUAAGUAGUGUUGGUAUAGAGACUCAUGCUUGAGAAGUCUGUUUCCUUAAUCCUGGGGAGAGGCUUUGAUGAGUAACAGGAAAUACUUUUCAACUUCAUUGGGUAGAAGAGAGGGAGAUGACUGCAUAUGAAGGAGUACCACACAUUGUAGAGAAAGAGAACACAAUAAUUCUGUGUAGGAUAAUGCACAGAAAUCAAAAUGAAACUUGGCUUGGGAAAGGAAAGAGAAGUUGUAGAGUUUUCUACUGCCAUGUAUACCCUCACAUCAUGAUGGGUAGCCCUGGAGGUCAGAAUUAUGGCACUAUGUUCCUAGGCAUGGCAAGCUGUAUUACAUUCCAUAUGUAUGCAGUAUUUAAUAUAAACUUAAAAUUCUUAACUGUAAUAAGCUAAAACUGAGCCUGUGACUGUACAAAUAACUAGUACUGAAAAUUUUAAAAAAGAAUUGCCUUAGAAGGAUUCUUUUUCUAUUCUUGUGUGAUAAAUCACUGGCUUAAACAAUUGGGGAUUUUUUUUUAAAUUAUACAUAUCUAUCCAAAAUGAUGGUUAUAUAGUCAAAGAUUUUUUCAACUCUAUAGUAUUUGUUUCUUGCUCAGUUAAUAUUACUCUUGCAAGACUGCUGCUCUUCUGUAUGUCUAGUAUGUUAACUUUUUUUUUUCUCUCUGUUUACUGUUCACACUGCUUUCUGAUACAAAGUACACUUGUUCUUAGCCCAAGGAUGUUCUCAACACACUUUCCUCUUUCUAUAUCUUAACUAGUUUGAGGAGCCUGCUUUGAAUUCUUAGACAGAGUCAUCUCUCAUGGCCAGUCAAUCUGGAGGAGUAACAAUAGAUUCCCAAGUGGAGAAAUAUACAGAAACUCCUUAACCUUAGACUUUAUAUCCAAUUGAUCUUGUGCUCAUAAAAGAGCUCCUCCAGCAGAAACAAAUGCAAAUUUGGGGCUAAGUAAUAUACUUGAUUCUAACAAAUUAUUGUUGUACAUCUGCGGUAUGAAUCUUACCCUACUAAACCAGAGAGAAAAAUGCUGAUUCAAGGAGAAAUGAAAGGAAUUGGAAAAAACACAGACCUAGGAAAUCCAUAUUACCAUCUAUUGAAUAAAGAGGUAAAGCUUGAUACAUAAACAAUUUUAAGACAUUUCACACUUUAUUGAAUAGCUUGCCUAUGUACAACAUUAAAAUGCUUUUGAAAAUUACUUCUUUAAGUUGGUGUAGCUGCUUUCUUCAGGUUGUAGAGAUACUUAAGCUUUACAUUAAAUACAUUUUCAAGUAACAGCUUCUGACUCAAUGUCUGAUGAUGAGAAAGAGAAUCCCUAAAGGGAUCUUUUGUCAGAGGUAGCUCAGAUCCUGAAUCUUAUUCAUUCAAGGAAACAUACUUAAGUUCAAUUACACUGAGUAGGACAGAAAUACUGUUUAGAAGGAAGAUUUAUGGAGGCUCUGGGUGGGCUACAAGAAGUGUACAGGUAUUACUUGGAACAGUGUGUUUUGUCAAGAGAGAAGCAUUGUACCUAGUAUGUUAAACUUCACAGUUCCUUUUAAUUCUCUUUCAUAUCUUCAACUGCCCAAAGUGUGUUUCACUAACUUUGAUGGGGGAACCAAAAAAAUCUAUGGUGGAGUGGGCAGCUCUGCCAAUACAAACUCAAAUUAUUCUCACUUCGCAACAGCAAUCCUCAUGCAGUUACUUUUCUGCUUUAAGACAGAGUGUCAAGAGUUCCUUAAGAACUACAAAGUAUGUUAAGAUCCAAAGAGGGCAGAAAAAGUUGUGUACUUGUACUGUUAAGUACAAGCUCCAUAGCUUAAUGAAUUUAUGGGAGAACAAUCCCCAACGUUAAAUGGAAUGAAGCAUUGGUUAGUUACCUGAAAACUACUCUUGAAGUCAUCUUCAUCGAGUUGUAAUUUUCAUUUCACAUGCUACAAUAUUGUUGUGUUUAGGUUUUACUUCAGAUAAUACAGAGUAUAUAUUAAAACGUUAAUAGCAUUAGCUGAGCCUUCAGGAAUGUGCUACAACUGACUGGCACAAUACUAGUAAACAUUCUCUGUUUCUUAUGUAUUAACAGAAAGGGCUUUAUAGCCUAAACAAAAAACAGUGAAACCAGUAACAGGAGCAGUUAUUACAUGCUUUUCCACUGAAACCAUGAACAGAGAGAUCAUUUAUGCUAAAGUCUGCUUUUCUUUGAAUUGCCUAGAUUGUUUCAGUCAUGCAACAUGUCUUAAUCACAGGGCGUGGAAGGACUCUUUUCCCGUGUAGUAACUGCACUGUAUCUUGCCCUAAAAUUUUUCAUCCUGCUAGAUAAAGUGGUAAACCACAAUCCCUGUAAAUAUUGCUUUAAUUUAAGAUCAAUUGCAGUUUAUCAUUCAACUGAGCAAAUCUGCAUUUACACCUAAUAGGUUUUGUAUCAUUACUGUUCAAUCAGUACGUAAGUAUGAUAAUUUGUUAGAGAAGAAAGUAUUUUGCAAUCAAUUGUGAACUCCUGUAACCUUCUUGCAUGGGAGUAUAUUCUUCUAACUAUGAUCAUAAAGACACUUAAUGAAAUAUUCAGCUUAGAAAUUGUUUCAGUUGCACUCUUGGUUUUGUAACAAGUGCAAAGUAAAAUCACUCAUGCAUACUGAGAUAGAACUAGCUCUGUAACUUUGAGUAGAUCGUUUUACGGCAACAGCAAGUCAUACUGGUAUAAUGCAACUUGUCUGCUAUUUCUGUAUCUCUCCUACCUCUUACUGCCAUGUGGUUCCAUCUCCUUCAAUUUGUGUAGUUUAACUCAAAGAUACAUUAUAAAUAAAGUAAUAUACUUUUUUUGUCUGUA